CGCGGGGCUGCCGUCGGGUCGGGUCCGCGCGCCAAGGAGACAACGAACUUCCCAGCGUCCCGGCGGCGGCGGCGGCACCGAGCGACUCAGGCGGCAGCGGGCGGGAUGCCCGCCUGCCCUCUCGCUGGUCAGCGCUGCCUGACCGGCCAGGAUGGUCACGUGAGAGGCUGUGUCCUCCGCACUGGGCGCCCGCGGGCCUACCCGGUCCCCGCCUCCCCGGUCCCCGCCUCCCCCGCCUCUUUCUGCCGGGACAUUGGGCCAUUCGGCCCGAUCCUUGGCCACCCCUUCUCCGGCCUUCUCUGCCUUUACCCCGGUUUAACACCUUGAUGGAGAAGCCGGGCCAGAGGGACAGAACUGGAGCGGAACUGUUCACACCGGGAGUUGCCUAAACUUUGGACGCCCCGGGAACCUUUCGCAAUCUCCUGGCUCUCGCCUCUCUGAGCUUGGGUUAAGCCGGAAUGUCACGGGAUUCCGAUGUGCUACCAAGUCUGGGAACUUUAGCUGAAGACUUUAAGUGACAAGUCAAGAGAUGCAAAAGUAAAAAGCAAACCCAGGACUGCUCCACACUUACCACAGAGCUCUGCUGGACUGGAAUUACUUAGCAGGUAUGAGGACACGUGGGCUGCACUUCACAGAAGAGCCAAGGAAUGUGCGGAUGCUGGCGAGCUGGUGGACAGCGAGGUGGUCAUGCUGUCUGCCCACUGGGAGAAGAAGAGAACCAGCCUGAGCGAGCUUCAGGAGCAGCUCCAGCAGCUGCCAGCUCUCCUCCAGGACUUGGAGUCCCUGCUGGCAAGCCUGGCUCAUUUAGAGACAAGUUUUGAAGAGGUGGAAAACCACCUGCUGCAUCUGGAGGACUUGUGUGGGCAGUGUGAGUUAGAAAGACAUAAGCAGGCCCAGGCCCAGGACCUGGAGAGUUACAAGAAAAGUAAGAGGAAGGAGCUUGAAGCCUUCAAAGCUGAACUAGAUACAGAGCACACACAGAAGGUCCUGGAAAUGGAGCACACCCAGCAGCUGAAGCUGAAGGAGCGGCAGAAGUUCUUUGAGGAAGCUUUCCAGCAGGACAUGGAACAGUACCUGUCCACAGGUUACCUGCAGAUCGCAGAGAGGCGAGAGCCCAUGGGCAGCAUGUCAUCCAUGGAAGUGAAUGUGGACGUGCUGGAGCAGAUGGACCUGAUGGAUAUCUCAGACCAGGAGGCCCUUGAUGUCUUCCUGAACUCUGGCGGAGAGGACAAUAUUGGGAUGUCCCCUGAGAUGGAAUCCAAGCCCAGUCAGAGUGAAAUGAGUCUUCAGAUUUCACAUCCCUCAGAGUCAGCAUCCCAGCCACCUGCCUCACCCUCUGCCUGCACUGACCUAGACACUGCUGAUGCCCCCCUCAUCCAGUCUGAUGAGGAGGAGGUACAGGUGGACACAGCCUUGGUCACAUUACACACUGACAGAAAGUCCACCCCAGGUGUCAGUGAUGACAGUGACUCAACUCAGGACAUUUAAGCGACUUGGCAGCUGUGUGCUGAAUCCUCCUGCAAAGCCAGGUGCUUAGAGGUUUUUCAUUUUACACAAUUGCUAAUGGGAUGUGAGAACCAUUAGCGAAGCACUCAUAAUAAAGCUUAUGGAAUAAACACUG